AUCACAACUAACGAACUCCACAGUUCUUUCAGCUUUUCCUUUGUGUUCAUUUUCCAGAAUCUUUGUGUCAUACUCUUAUGGAUAAUCAAGAUGUGAUUAUGGCUAUGGCUGUGGAAGCUGCGUCGGAAUGGAACAGAAGGGAGAAAAGGAAGAUGAGAAAGUUGCAAAGGGCUGUUCGAGAGAAGGGUAGGGAGCGUGCGUCGCUUAAGAGAAAGAAGGAGGACAUGGUUGCUAAGGAAGCCGCCAAGCAAAAAGUUGUUGAUGAGUUCAUGCCUUUCUUUGUUGCAAUUGCGAAUAACGACAUGGAGACUGCCCAGAAUUUUGAUGAGACAGCUAUGAUGAAUACUAUUCGCACUACGUUGAACGAUGGCGAAGGUCACGCCGGCCACAAUGCCAAUUAAAAAGAAGCAUGAAGGAAAGCAAAUUUAGAACUAGUUUCUUAAUUUGCAUGAAAAACCAGUGGCUUAUGGAUGUUUUGUUUAUUUUGGGAGUUCAGCACUGUUUGAUGUUUCUACGCUUUUUUUGGUCUCUUCUAUGUUUUUUUUUUGUGGUCAUAAUUUUGUCUCUUCAAUAUUGUAGUUCUCGAAACAAGAGACUAAAUAAAAUAACAUUCUGAAAA